AGCAUAUCGAUCUUUUUCAAUAGUGAAAUUUUUAAAAUCCAGCCAUCUUAAAAAACUCUCACCUUUUCUACUGUCUGUUUACAAAUUCUUUGUGGAGGUAUGUUUUAAUUGUUUAUUCAAUUUAAACUCUUGAGCUACCGUAGUUUAAUUAGUUUCUUCACUUACUAUCACCAUGAUCACACUUCAUUGACCUGGAUUAUAUAUUGAUUAUUUAAUACAAUUUUGCAUAAUUAUCCUGCGUGCAUGGCCGGCACACUUAAACGUUUUAGACAAGUGAACUUUCUAUUAAUGUAAACAAAGAAAGCAUUAGAUCGAAGACAGAGUUGUCAGAAAGACUCAAAGAUCCUAUAUUUUAUUAUCCAUAGGUUUUCUUUUCACCAUAGCCUCAAAAAGUAGUCAGACGCACAUUUCUUCACACAAAACUUGAAGUUGAAGCAAUAAAACACUGCUGACUUUUAGUUCUGGAUCUGCUGCUGUGACCUUAUACCUCGAAAUUCUUCUUUUCUCUUGUGAGGCCUCUACAGCAAGGGUCCUCAUAGAAGAUAACUUAUAUCCUUAAAAAAAAUUGAUUAAUAUUUGCCUAUGGGCUUUUCAACUGUUUUUUGAUAAUAUUGGGCUUUUCCUUUAAUCACUUAAAAAUAUUAAUUUGCUGUCUACACCACUUUUCCAGGGUAUGGACCUUUUAAGAGAACUCUACCAUGUUUUGCUUGCUGUUGCUUUUUUUGUGAGUUCAACGUUGGGUGCCAAGGAUAAAGAGCUUUAUUGCGGCGGUAAGUUUUACAUGCCAACCAUCAUGAAUUUCAGAUUACAGCUAACCCCGGGGGGGGGGGCUCCCAUAUGAAACAGACGGGGAUGCUCGUCGGAAAUUUUGAAUUUAACCCCUAAAGGAGACCAUCUGGGCGUGGCUCAAGCUUUUUGUGACUCCUAAAGGAGACCAAUCUGGUCGUGGCUUAAGCAAAUUUUGACCCCUAAAAGAGACCGCUUAAAAACACACAAAUACGACAUGCAAUGAGUUUUAAUGAUAUAAAGACAUAACAAACAAAGUUAAAAAGAACAUUGACUUCUGUUUCUCUUCGCGUAAUUCUGUGUUUCUUCUCGGAACCCUAAACGAGACCUUGGCAGCUUAAAAUAUUGGUGCUUUGCCCGGAACAUCCUAAGCGAGACCAAAAUCCAAAAUUUACACCCCUAAGCGAGACGACGAGCAUCCCCGUCUGUUUCAUAUGGGAGUCCCCCGGGCAGCUAACUCCCUCAAAGAUCAACACUGUCAGUACUUGGCCAAACUUUUUGUGAAGAAGUGUCCAAAGCAAAUGGAGUUUGGUAAAAUUGCUCAAAAAUCGCAGGGAAAGGACCUAAACCAGGGGUACUUACCAUUUACAUGGAAAAACUGGGCCCAGGUGUUCGAAAGCCGAUUAGCGCUUAACCCGGGGUUAAAUUUAACUCAGGUUUCUUUUUCUUGUGUUCAAAAGCAUUUUCUCGGAUAAUUUCCUCUGUUAUUUUUAGGGCUUCCAAUCAUCAACUUGUAGACAAAAAGAAUUAAAACUGAAAUGCUUUUUAAGCUCUCAAAUCUUACUUCAAAUCUCGCACUAACCCUGGGUUAUCUUAACCCAGCUUUGAACAAAUCGGCCCGGGAAAAUUCUGGUUGGAAAAUCAAAUGGUUCACACCAUCUUGUUUGGGAAGGUUCAGAAAAUAUGGGCUGUGAUUUGAGGGGAUGCUUUUUUUAGUCAUUUUAGUCUGUUCAGCAAAUUUGUUUAUACUAUGUAGUGGUUUGUACUCCCUGCACAUCAAUUUUUAUAGUUAUAUUUUUAUGCACAAAGUUUUGUUUGUGUAAGUGGUAAGCACCCCAGGUGUCCAUCUAAUACAAUUAUCAUUCGUUGCAAAUUUUUCUUCCUUUUCAUUGGCUGAGAGCCCACCAUGUGACCUGCAAAUGACUGCCUACAAAUAACGGUCUGCUCAUGCUCAAUGUCAUCCAACUUUGUUUCGCUGCAAAUAAUAUUCUGUUUAUGCGUAAAUGAAACCACACUUUUCUUCAUCUUGCUCAGGAAAAUGGCAGAUCACUAAUUCACUUCCUGAAGAUAUUCCUUAAAAAACAAACUUGGUUAUCGCAAAAUAUCAUGAUUUGUCAGUGGCUCACAGAUUAUUAUUUGCCUCAGCCUUCGGUUUUGGCAAAUAAUUCAUCUACUCGCCACUGACAAAUCAUGAUAUUUUGCUCAACCUUGUCCAAUAACUGUUAAUUGCCUGUAAGAGAUUUGAGUUUCAGUUGUCCAUAGCUGUUAACUUCUCACACAACAAUAGAAGAUAAUGGCAGUAAGUGAACACAUAUCUUAAAAAGCCCCUUAAGUCGCUCAGUAUCUUAUGUAAAUAAUUCAUCUUUCAUUCCAAACACAACUGCAAGGCAAUUUCAAAUAAGGAUCAUGCCACCAUGUACCUAAGCCACACAUUGUUAUGAGGAAGAGAUGAAGAAGUAAUUAAUUAAUCAGUAAUUUCCCAUAAUAUGUAAAGACAAGUGUUACUCUGAAACUCACAAAACUGUGAACACCAGAAAUAUUUUGGGAAUGAUAUUGUGUUGCAAAAUCUGCAAGCAGCAAGAGUAAUUAGUUUGUAGUUUUGUGGCUUGCUUACACAUCCUGAUCUUUGAUCAAUGCAGGCUGUGACUGGUCGUAACACAAUAAGCAUUGCUUUCCUAGAAUAUUUCAGUUUUCAUGGUUUUACUAGUUUGACAGUAAAUUCCUGAUGAUUUUAAAACCACCUAUUCACUGUCACUUAUCAACGUUAUUCAAUUUACAGUUUGUCAUGUUAUUGCUGAUGAACUUCAGUGGGAAAUUAGCCAAGUUGAUCCAAGGAAAAUGUUAGAGGUAAUAAAAACUCUGGUAUUGAUAGAAAAAUAAAAUAACGUAAAAAUAAUAACUUUAGUCCUUUCCAAGUCUGCUUUUUCAAAGAUGUAUUUUGUUUUAACAUCUUUUCCUAAACAAGUAAAGGCAAGAAAUUGGCUUAAUAUAAGGGGAGAAAUUGCUUGUAAAUGACAAAAUUACUGCUCUGCGACAAAAAAAAUAGGUUUCCCAAGCACAUAUUUUGAAAGUUACAAACAACAGAGAAGACUUUGAAAAACCAUUAGGCAUUGAACAGUUUUCAAAAACCCCAGUGUUCAUUAUUUUGACCCUCUUUAUCUCUUUUGUGCUUGCUGUGUUUUAAUUAGACAGUCAUCAGUGAUUGACUCAGUUAAGUGACCAUGCAGCUGCCACUGUUUGGCUUAAUGUUUGCCACAAUUUGGCUAAAUUUUUUAUUUUGUAGCACAACCCCUUUAGCCCUUUAAGUGUUUAAGUCUGGAGAGUGCCCAACAUCAAUACCAGUAUCAAUACAAAUUAUCCAGAAAAAAAUGUUAAGAAUUAUUAUUGAAAUUAUCAGCAAGGGGAAAAUGUUUUGAUCGUUAAUUAAUGAAAUUCUCACAACUACUGUAUCACAGUAAAUUCUUCAAGGAAACGUAUGGAGAUAAGUCUAGUGGAGAAUUUGUGUUUGGAUAUUGGAGCUUAACCCUUUAAGUCCCAAUAGUGACGAAGAACAAUUUUCUCCUAACAAUAUCCAUACAUUGUCAAGAGAUAAAGUUGUGAGAAUUAAUUAAAUGAUCAUCAUAGAGAAAAUUCCAUGAUCUUUUAUCAAAUUCACUCAACUCAUUCUUUAAGGAAAUGUAUGGAGAUCAGUUUGGAGAAUUUGUAUGUGGAUACUGGGGCUUAAAGGGUUAAUAUGCAUUGGGCUGUAGAUAUGAACGUUAAAUAACAGAUUCAUCUUUUAACACUUUUAAGAUUGAGAGUUUUAGAGUGGACCCCAAGGGAAAUAAAAAAACUCGGAAGGUAAGGUAACCUUAAAUUAUUCACACUGAACUGCCCAUGUGCAAUCUUGACUAGGCUAUGAUAAAUUCUACCGGGAGAAUUUCCUGCAGAAUGAAUGAAAUUUUUUAAGGCGAGCAUUCCUUUAACGGAAAGAAUUUAAUUAUAGAGGAGAAUAAAAGAAACUUUGAAACUUAAUGUAGAACAAAUAGAAAAUGCGUUGUGGAGUUAUUGCUUCGAUAAUUCACUGAAACGUACUCACAAUUUCAACUAAAUAUGAGUGAUAUUGCACAAAGUAAAAUGAAUAACAAUUUUGCUCUGCAAAUGUAAAAUAUCUAAUUAGUGCCUAGGUUUCUUGUACCACUUGUGUCCGUGACGUCAUCGGAGAUGUCUUCUAAGCUCGCUCAAGUGCCGAGAGCAAUUUCAAUAAUCGUAAGCGAGAUUUAGGCUAAAUAGUUACGUGACGUCGUAGAUUCCAACUGAGAUCUCGUCUCAGUACUCGCUUUUUCUGUUUCAAAAAUAUUUUCACGUUCUUUAGCGUUUGCGCGAAGACGUUUUGCACAGAAAUGAAGGUUUCAUAAGUUUUUACGCUCAAAGAUGUUUUAAUAACACUGCAACACUGAGAAAUCUCUCCAAGCUAGUAGAAUGAAACAAAAGGAAGCAGAUGUGACAGGAGGGAUGAGAAAAACUGAAAAAAACGCAAAAAAAGAAAAAAAAGGAAAAAAAGUAAUUCUCACUACUCUUGCCAAACCCCUAAAGAGGGAUUCUUGCACCAGUAAAAGAAAGCUAAGAGAUUUGGAGAGUUUGGUUUGGUUUGGUGUAAAUGAUGUCGAAUAGGUAACGUAAGUAUCAGGUCUUCCUUACGAGUUAUGGAAGAAGAGAGAUAAAGAGAUGAAGCGGUCUUCGUUGUCUCCUUUUUUCACUUCUUUCUUCCCUCCACCCCUCCACCCAGAAACGCGUGAUACUCAGGUUGUGAUACAGGUUGCAUAAAUCACCCUGUGCUAUCAUCAUUACUCAGUCACCAUCAUCGUUAUUUUAACUCUUGUGAAACAAGCUCGUGAUCUCCCAGUGGUCAUAUUCACAACCUUUUAGCGUCUAUUAAGGUCACUAUGAAGCACUGAAAUUUGCCAUCUUACUAUAUUUAUCAUCCUCAAGUACCUUAUUCACAUUACUGACCCCAGCCUGCAGUAAGCACUACGGCGUCAGUCUCAUGUGACAUACAUCCGUCAAUCACACUUGGAAUUAGUUGAGUACUUUCGGAAAACACAAGAUACUUGCGCGAGUAGACUUGUUGCUUCCCUCUCCGAGGCUUUGCUUGGGAAAGGACGUUUUUCAAUUCAAGAAUAAGGGGAAGACAAGAAAAUAAUACGCGUCCGAAUAAACAGUUAUCACCGACAUACUGCUCAGUUGUUUAGGAGUGUUCAAAGGGUAAAACGCUCGCCCGGUGACUGGGAUGUAAUACGUUCUGUCCUCUCCUGUUGGAGACUUUACUUUUGUCCCAAGCGCGUGUCCUCCUACAAACAGAGCCGACAAAUUAAUUUCACAUGCUUGUAAGUUUCGUUUCACGUGAUAAUCUGCGAUGACUCGUUGACGCGUGGAUACAUGAUUCAGAAAAUGAUUUAUUAGAAUGUUAUUUCCGUCUUCUGUGGUUGAAGUGUUCGCAAAAAUCCAGUUGAAAUUUUGGAAUAUAUGUCUUUUAAAGUUCUGUUCUUCUCUCGCGUUCCUUGAAUUGUAACUUUGGCCAAGUUUUGCGUGUGUCUGGCGAUCGCUGGAAAAGUCACGUCAUGUCUAGACAACCUGCGUGCGUCAAAAAAUAAUGGUUAUAGACUUAGUUUCGUCUAUGAUCGUGUACAGCGAUAAUAGACAGAAAAGCAUUGCUAACAAAGUCCAGUUUUCUCACCAAUAAUGAUGAAAUGUAGACUCUGCUAGCAGGGAAGCUCGUGGCGUGACGGUCAUUUCAUCUUGUGUUGUUCGAGACAACGUCAACGUGUUCAAUGUUAGUAAACGGAUAAGGUAGGGAAGAUGUAUAAGUAAUAAAAUAAUAUUACUGAAUUAUCUUCUCCUCAUGAGGGGCUUUUCAGUGAUAAUGAAGCACAACAAUACAAAAAACAAUUCAAAUUUCUGGUGAACAUAACAUGUAAAAAAUCCCAGCUGGCAUGGCGAAACCUCCCCUGUGGGCUAGUCAACAGAGUUUAAUACGGGAGGUGGGGGGUGGGUUGGGGGGGCUCCGUCCCAAUAUCCAACCCCUUACCCUUUUAUAUUCAAUUUUAGACAGAAAAAGGUACCCCUUUCGUAUAACUUCCAUUGAAAAAUGGUUCUCCUUUUACAUAAGAGAGGUUGACCUUUCGCGGUCCGCACAGUGGCAAAAUCAGUCAAAAUAAGGCGAUACCUGGCAAAAUAGAUCAAUGUUAUCAUUUAUUUCCAAUCAUUUCUCUACGUUUUAUUUUUCGCCACAGUGGCUUUACAGCUUGGUAAAUAUAAGGACAAGAUGGCUUUCUCUUGCUGAAACACUUGUGGUCUUUGCAAGACAUUCUUGUCGGGUGUUAUUUAAUGAUGAGAAUUUCUUGUACGCGGAUUAUGCUUCGGUUCCUUUCUUGGGGAGAACCCCUCUUUUGGUGAAAAGCCCACGCUUAGGUGAAUCUUUUCGCUGAAAAACACGGUGCUUUUUCCCGCCAGGUGUGGAUGGGUUUCCUUCGCAAUAGUAUCCCCCAAGCCUUGAAGUGGAUUCAUCUGGGCAGUUUUCACACUUACUGCUAACGAGUGACGCGCGAUAGGUGUUGCCUUGGCAACAAACAUCAUCGGGCGGUGAUGUUGGGACGGACGAUCUUGAACCUGCCAGAGACUUGCGAGGAAGCAUCCGAAGCGUUACCUUGGCAAUGAGGUAAAGGUCUGUCGUAGAGUUGGGCGCUUUCCAUUCAACUUUCUGCCCUCCAGACUGGACAUUUAACGUGACCCUCCAUCUCGACAAUGUUGUAGGAAGAAGGCUAUCACCAGCGACGUUGGAGGUUGUGUGACAAAUCUUGGGAAGAUUGUUGCAGAGACUGUACGGAUUAGGAAUUUCGUUGGAGCAAGUUGAACUUCGAUAACCUUCUUGGUAUACUGUAACAUACGAUGUUUGUCGCUCUGGUAACUUGUACAGCACCGAGUUAUUUGUGUUUGCAGAGAUGAAGCUCCCCGUCUCAGUUUCGGCUGUGAGUACUAUACGGGUUGAUGUCUUCACUUUCUCGGAACCCGUCUUGUAUUCUUUGUUUGGCAAAAACAGCUGGAAGUUCUCCACAUAUGCAGCGUGCGACUCGCCAAUCAAACUCCAGUCAAACUGAUACAGCCAGGUCAGAUUUUGAGGUAGUCUGAACGAGACAGUCUUAUUUGUUGCUAACGUGUAAACGUUAAUGAAACCCAGAUCCCCGCUGUAUUGAGGCCUUGAUGGAAUAUGAACUGUCCGUUCGAUCGAGAUGUAGUGUCGAUGAUCUGUAAACGCCACAAGAUUGUCCAAGUCACUAUUGGUGAAGAGCCCACUUUCUGGCGAACAAGGCCCAACCGUUUGUCCUUCGUUUCUAUACUCGAGUUUGUCGCAGUAUAAAAAGGCUUGAGACUGAAUAAAAAGCUGUGUCAUCAAAAAUCCGCCUAAAAGUUGAUGGGCCUUAAACAUAUCGUUCGUUUGCCGUCCAAUGGAAGCAGCUAACUUCUUCGCUACAUUACCACGUACGACUCUGGAUAGGCUGUCCACUAACUCAAAUUGAAAUUCAAAAAUAUUCUCCCUCAGGGCGUCAAACUCGGCAAUUGUCCCCUCCAACUUUUCACACAAUAGAAACCCAUUAGCAACAGCCUUUCCUGUGGACCCUGCGAUUCCUUGUACCCCUUGUAACAGAUCGCAGGUUGAAUCUUUGAAAGCUCCCCACAAAGCUAUGUUACCCCUCAUCCGUUGCCUGUCUACUUUUGGCUGGUAAUUAGAGUAGUUUUCGAUAAACUCCUCUGCAUCAUCACCAAUGGUGUCUCCCGAGUUACUCUUUAUCUUGUUAACCAUUGUCUUCAAUGAUGCCAGUUGCUUUCGGUUGUCUUGCAGGUCAGUUCCAAUCUUUUCUGUAUCGGUAGCGAGCUCACCCAAUUUUACAACGAGUGUAAUUCCGUGUGCUAAUUUUGCUGCUGUAUCUGCAACGACCUUGGCCUGGUCUCGUAUUCCCUUUGUAUCAACGCCGGUGAAUAUCACUGAAAUGGGAUUUGACUCCUCCAAUAUCUUCGUAACGAGAGCUACCGUCUCCUCGACCAACUGAAUCGACAAAAGGCUUGUCAUCGCAAUCAUUGCCGCUUUAACGUCGUCUUUUACCUUGUUUUGCAGCGCAGUGUAUCUAUUAUUAAAUUCGUCAAGUUUGCCUCCUAUAAACGCCACGUCAGCGUUUGCUAUGCCUUGAUCAAACUUCGCGAUGCCUUGGAAGUAAGAAGAAAUACCUUUGACAUGUGCUUCCAUGUUUUUGUUUAGCUGAUCAAUGGCGCUCAACACCUGGGUAUGUUUAAUAGCUUCGUGUUUCAGCUGAAUUAUUUUGGCGUGGUCCACAUUCUCAUGCAAAGUAAGAUCCCUGGUAUUUCCUUUUUGAAGUCGUUCAUUCUUAAGUUUCUUUAGUAAAAGGUAACUUGAAUAAAACUCCAUAACUUCACAACCCGCUGGAGCUUUUAUUUCUCGACAAGCAUAACCGGCCCUGGAAAAAUUCUCUUCGUUUUCGCUGAUAAUCUUCAUGGCUUCUCCUAUUUGAGAGUAAGCUCUUCUUGUAAGGGCGUCUUUGUAAAAGUGAUCAAAUUGUUUCAAUGGGAGCAUACUCAGGAAGUUUUUUACCAUAUCCACCUGUUUAGCAAUGCUGUCUAGCGUUUCCUGCAUGUCACAUCCAUUCUCUCCAGAGCAUCUGUCGGGACAAAAUUUGUCCACGAUUGCAAAGAUUAUUUUAUACCAAAUCACUCCGAUCAUCAGAGGAAUGGCCUUCUCUACGUCGCAUUCGUUGUUUUCUCCGCACGCAUUGGUGGAACUUGAAUAAAAGGAAAUGGCGCAGUUCGAAAGGGUCGGGCAAACGUUCUUGACUAAUAAUGCUGGGACAUUUCGGGUUGGUAGUUUAGCGCACUCUCUUUUUAAGGGAAAAACAUACCCGCUUUUUUGAAGCGACGGAUCUUUCUGGGUAACCGGAUAAACAUCAUCUAUGAGGUUUCCAACCAGGCGUACAAAAUCAGAGUUGUAUUUUCUUUUAAGACUUGGGCUAUCCAGGAAUUUUUGUUUUAUUAGGUCUGGUAAAUUGUCAUAUUUCAUACUGUGAAGGUUAUAAUAAAUGUACAUUGCAUAUCUAUUGGGCGCUUCUUCGUGCAGUUUACUUCUGAUUAGAAACUGCUCAAGCACUGGAAUCAUCUUGGUGAAUAGUAGCAUAUAGCAGUGCCACUUUCCCAUUUCACGAGGACACCCAUCAUCUCUACUAUCCAUUCUCCAUCGAAGUUCUGAGUAAUCAGAAGUGAUUUCUAUUACACUGCUCAACAAAUUACCUGUGUCAUAUAACCAUGGGUCCUUACCAUCGACAGGAUGGAAAAUCGUUACCACAGCUAAAAUUAUAGCGAAUACUUCGGUGACUGGUAACCGCAUUUUGCUUCUGGAUCUGUUUGAUUUUUCCAGUCCAGUCUUGUUUCCAAUCAAGUGCAAUGAUGAUGAUGUAUCUACCUGAGUAAAUGCUCUUAUCGUGAUGCAAUGUGUCAUUUAUUUACUCAUCAUGGAAAAAUUUCGUCACUGUAUGAAAGCGGGUAUCUGUUGGUUUACGUUUUCUUUUUAGUCUUCUUUUUCGAAGCGUAAAAAGUUAAGAACAAAUGGGAGUGUCCAAUCAUUGUUGGUAGGCUGAUUUCUGUUUUGUGGUGUUACUAUUGUUCAGUUUCUUUUCAAUCUUUUUCAUUAAGUUAUUUGGUGAUCACAUCCGCCUGAAACACCAAGAAACUAUCAGAGAAAUAAAGAUGCUAUUGUUAUCAAAUAGUUUGGUCUUUUACUUUAAUUUCUAGAUCCUUUUUCUCAAACUUCUUGGACUCUCUUAUGAUAGAAUCUGUUUUGAAAGUACAACAACACAGAUUUACCAGUAUGUGUUAAAUUAACUUGGUGACAAACAAUUGCAACAUUUUGUAAAGUUAACCGCCCUAAAAGCUUUGUCUUGUAACAUACGAAGAAAAGCAACGUCCAUGCGCCGGACUGAUACUGAAAUUUAAUUAGUGUUCUUUGCAUUCCGAUAUUUUGAAAUGACUACUAUUUUAUGUAAGUUUAUUUCUAUUUUCAUUUAAAUUUUUAUUGAAACUUCCGAAGGGUUUAGAAGUUGGGGUAUAAAUAAUUGAUACAACAAGAUAAAGGACUUUCAAGUGGGAUACCAAAAUUGCUUGAACUAUCUUAAAGCAAAUGUCAAAGCUUAACCAGGCAGAUCAAAGUAGAAACACGAUUACUCAUUACAGUUUGUUGCUAAUUUCAGUUUUUUGGUGUAGGAAGCUGCCACGUUGAAAACUGGGCUAGGGAUUUUACGAUCGGACGACGCGACGACAUCGAAAGCGUAAAAAAAGACAAUAGGUUUCGUAGGCAAAGCAAAAACUUUGCACGUGCGUCGCACUUUUUUGUACAUUUAUUUGCCCUUUUUGUACAAAUACGACGUAAAAUUGCCUAAUUUUACGUUUUUAUAAAGAACGUAAGCAAGCGACGACGAAAUUUUAUUUCUCUUUCUGAACUUGGAUAUCUAGUGUCUCUAGGGAUUCAACUCCAACAGAGUUCGCCUACAUUCGACAAAGUAAGUGGAAAGAAAUAAUCGCGAUAAAGACUGAAAGAACGCAAAUUCACUUUUUAAGCUACGUUUUCGUUACCAUCGCGUCCUUGGAUCUUAAGCUCCCUAAUAAAAAGGUGGUCUGUGGUCACUCCUUGACACAGUUAUGACAACGUAAUUUGAUGAAAUCCUGUGAUGUUACCAUUUAAAUGAAAUCUUAUUUGUAAAACUUUUGCACGGUACUAUUCAUUUCUUAUGAUUUUACACCAAGAAAUUUAAUUUUUCUGUGACUGUUUUACAUGGGCUACACUAAUUAGGAGUGAAGGUUUUAAGGGUUCUCUGAACCUCUCUAUGGUCAGCCUGUGCUGUCCACAUACGUUUUUUUUCCUUUCUCCCCACGUCCCGCGGUUUUUAUUUUCAUACACGCGCACGACGAUCUCUAAAGAUAAAAUAGAGGGUUGGGAACAGGCUUUUCUAUGGGUUCCUGUGGUCUUCGCUCUAGUAGAGCGGUUUUUCAUCCAAUCUCCGGUUUUUCAACACAUUAUCGCUUGCACAUGAAAAAUUGCUUUGUGGUGUAGCGCUACCAGCGAGCUCUUUUAGGUAGGUUUCUUUUCUGUCAUCGCACGUCUAACCUUGUCUGUCAACCUUGAUCAGAAUGUCAAUGCGAUCAUCACUCUAAUCUCUAGGAUCGUCGUUUCAUCAAUAGGGAACGUUGCAACUUCGAAUUUGUCAGCAGUACCCUAGCCUGCGUGGCAGGCGUUCGAAAGAGAAAGGGAAGGGAACCACAGGCUCUCUCGCGCGCCCAAAUUCCCCCUUCCCCUUCCCCUUCCCCUAUCAACGACGGCCACGCAGGCUAGCAGUACCCAUACAAAGCAUUUUCUCUCAGUAUGGCCACUUGCUAGAAUCUAUUCACGGUCUGGUCAUUUUAUUUUGGACCCGCUUAUUAAAAGCUGGCCGGUGUUCUUUGAGUUGUACAUUUUUAACCAUGUCACUACAUCACUUGUUACAUAAGUUUGGUUUUGCAUAUUUCGGAUAUACACUUUUAGUGAAAAUGUCCCCGAAAGGAGGUUAUUUCCUCAGGCAGUCUUGAUUACUUGACGAAUUUUGGUUAAGAACAGGGCUGAGUUUCAGUGCGUUCGAAAAAUAUCUAUCAUUCAAAGAUUCUUCCUUGAAAGCUAUAGGUCACCUGUCUCACCUGUCCAAACUAUGGCUCCUUUGUAAAUUCUCAGACACCCAUGAACUUCGAGAUUUAAGUCGGAUAAUUUUAUGUUUUAAGAAAAUAUAAGCAACUGUCAUUGAUUUGCUUGGCGCAUUUAAAAGAGGAAAAAGUUUGUAUCAUGAAAACGUAUAAGUGAUUGUCUUCGUUUGACGAUUACCUCAAAUCCCUGUCGGAGGGGAAAUAGCUCGACCAUGGACUUGAUGCGCCCUUAAUUUUUGUAAUUGUAAAACAUUUUAAAGUAAUAAGCAUUUAACUACUGGUCUUUUUCGCAAAACGCUUUGCAGUGCAAGAUUUGUUUAGGCACUGUGUGAGAGUAGGUUGUAAAGACUAAAUACAGUACUUCUUUAGAUAUGUGAAUGCUACUGUCGUUUCCAUACAUGUAAUACAUAUUCUUUUAAGCUACAUUGUACUGCUGUACUGUUUCACUCACCCAGUAGGUUAGCGUCUUUUUCCUUUUAAUUUAGUUUCUUUCUUUUUUCUUUUCUUUCCUUUAUUAAUGUAUUUUUUUUUAUUUUCUGCCCACUGUGAAAAUAGAAAAAGUUUUAAUAGUUAGUUAUUUGUAAUUUUUUUUGUAAUUUUUUUUGUUUUUUAAGCAAAAUAAAAUUUAAAAAAAGGGAUUAACUAUUAACCGAAAAACCUGUGAUAAACUGCAAAACUUGAAAUCCUGCUGUUUUAUUCGGUAGCCGAUCUCUCUUGGGAAAGCUUGCCCAGAGUUAGCAUUCAUUCGACUUAAAUGAACGCUUGUGCUUUAAGCGCACGUCACUCUUAAACCAUUGUAUACAAAAACCCUUCGAUGUAAUAUAACCCUUCUCAUCGAUCAAAUUUUCUCAGUGCCAUGGCACUCGCAAGUAAUGGUAGUUCUAUUUUAUUUUUAAACUUGAUCGGGUCUGUUAGUCUCCGGCUAUUCAAAGCUGAUGUUAUCUGGCUUAAUUAAGAACUGACAGCGUUUUGCUCUGUUUCAGAUUCAGUAUGCCAGAUCAGAGACCCACCUCAUAGAACAACUGGAUAGUAUGUGCGAAAAAAUGAACAAUUAUGCAGAGUCAUCUGACCCUGCCACUGGCAAGAAGUCUUACAUCAGAACAUCAUCUCGCAAUGGGGAGGCUGUAACUUUAAGUAAUGUGGCUAUUAGUGGAGAUAUAGCAAAAAAGCUCAAACAUGCAGUAAGUAACUUUUGUAUGCGUAUUAAGUUGCACUAAUCUUGUUGACUUCUUUUUUAGUUGUUGUUUGACAUUAGUUGUUAGUAUCUGUUUUCAAGGGUCAGGUGAAAUCACUCUAAAGGAGAUGGAUCUUCCUGAUGCCCACCAACUUUCCUGGGAAACUGCCCACCUACCCCUCCCCUAGGCCAACAUUAACACUUACUUCUCACUUAGGGCAAAAUGAUGGUCAGGGGAGGGGUAGGUGGGCAGUUUCCCAGAAACGUAUAACGAUCCCAAGAGGCCUAACGAACCUAAUCUACCACGAGCCACCACUACAUAAUUACUUGGUGUAAUAGUUGUGUUACUUUCUCUUAUUGCUUGUUACUAAAAAAGCACAUUUUUCUUUAGUGUGAGAGUAUAAUUGAAGAUUAUGAUGACGACAUUAUUGCAACUUUCAAAAAAGAACGUAAAGAUCCCAAGAAAUACAUGUGUAGGACAACAACUGGUAAGAAAUGUAUUCCCGUGUUAUGUGAUUUCUUUUCGGCAAAAAUGUUCUGGGCCGAGUUGUUCAAAGCCGGGUUAAGAUAACCCAGGGUUAGUGCGAGAUUUGAAUUCAGAUUUGAAAGCUUAAAAAGCAUUUCCUUUUUAAUUCUUUUUGUCUACAAGUUGAAGAUUGAAAGCUCUAAAUAUAACAGAGAAAAUUAUCCGAGAAAAUGCUUUUGAACACAAGAAGGAGAAGCCCGGGUUAAAUUUAGCCCCGGGUUAAGUGUUAAUCGGCCUUCGAACAACUGGGCUCUGGGUAGAAGGAUCACUCGAUCCCCUACACAAGCUACCCUGGUGGAGCCAUCUUUUCAUCCGUUUGCAUGAGAAACAAAACGUUGGCUCGACUAGAAGGGUUACCUGCCUAGCGGGGUCACCCUUUUGUGAUGGUAGGAUCACCUUCCUAGCCGGGCCAACCUUUCUCCUUAUAAACAUUUGGCUUGCCCAGCCGGGUCAACUCGGUCAAAGCGAGUUAAACAGAGCAUGCGCGAACGCUGUUAGCUCGGGCAAAAGGGUCAAAAUUUUCAAGUCUCAUGUAAACGCUGACGUAAGGUGAUUGAGCUGGGAGGGCGACCCUAUAAACCCUCAGAUUUCAUAGCUUUGAUAAAUGUUCUAUAAGACCAAACAAUCAAUUCAGGUUUCUGGGAAACUGCCCACCUACCCCUUCCCUAAGCUAACAUUAACACUUACUUCUCAUUUUGGGCAAAAUGUUGGCUUAGGGGAGGGGUAGGUGGGCAGUUUUGAUCUAGACCAAAAAUCCCAUCUGAAUGCGUAUACAAUAGGCCGCUUCCGAGGUUACCCCUAGCCUCAUUUUCAAGUGAAAAAAAAACUUUACUAUAAAUUUUGAUUUUAUUGUCGUACAAAUAAAACUUGUUUUUUCACAAAAGCAUUUGCACUUAGUUCAGUUUCGAAAGUGAGGGUUUUUGGAACUUUUUCAGUUACCCGAAAAGAGGCAAAUGCUAUUAUUUUUGUUUCAAUUUUUGUUUGUUUUGAUGAACAAAUGAUUUCUUUUGUGCGCUCGUUUGUUUCAUUUUUAGGUUUGUGCAUUGAUGAUGAUGAUGAUGAGUUCUCAGAAUCUGAUUACGACGACGAUAAUGAUGACGGUAACAACGAGGAUGAUGCAACAGAUCACGAUGAACUUUGACCUUAAUUUUCUUAAUGGCAAUCAGUUUGGGAAAUAGACCUCUUUAACUUGCAAUGAAGUUCCUAGUGGAAUUGGACUUUGACCCCUUGUCUUUUCGUAAAUUAUUGCACGUGAAUGCGAGGAAAUUUGAAAGAAACAGUUCUCAGGAGUAUUAUCACAAAACCAGCUUUGGGAAAACAAAACGUACAAGCUGAAGAGGUCUAUUACGCAGCAAUUUGCGUGGAUCUAUUCAGAUGCCUUUUUAUUAUUCUAUUUCGAAGGCAAGUAUUAAUUAACCGGAAGUGUCUUUGCAAUGAUAAAACAUCAAUCGUUAUCGGUAUUGUAAAUGUAAUCUA